UGUCUUUUCUAAAGUCGAAUAUGACAUACAUGACAUAAGUGGGUGUCAAACACACUAUGUGAAGUAUCUUAAAUGUUGAUACAAUGGAUUUAUUUAGGUUUUUUAUUUCUUCCUGCAAUAAAAUGUCAAUCGGGGUCUUACCUAACUUCAUCAAACGCAGUUCAAAUCAAGGAAUUUUUAAAAAAUACAACAAAUGCUUUAAAAAAAUCAAAUGAUAUAACAAAAAAAAAGCCUUUUCUCUUAAUUGGAAAUAAAAACAAUCAUUUAAUUAAAAACGUCACAAAUGAGACCAAAGUAUUAUUUACGGAAAUUCGUUCAAAGCUAGAUGAAUUCAAGCAGAAUGAAGGUCAAUUGUCAAAGGGUGAGUUUGUGAAUUUUUGGGGUAUUGUCGCUCAUUAUUGGACAAGUAUAAUCAAUACGACGGAAGUCAUUCAAGAAGUUGUAGGAAAUAGCAAACUUUUUGCGAAUACUCAAAAAAUUGUUGAGGACUACAACGCCUUUGUAACACGGAGUUUAAAAAUACCAGGACAAGUUGUUAAUUUAAAUAGUGAGGCGAUACAUAAUAUUACAAAACCAUUACGACGUUCAAGAUCUCGCUUUGUUGUUGCUCGGGAUUUAGUUCUCAAAGCUUUUGGAGAGCGUCAAGAAGCAGCCUGGAGCCCCAUUGUUCUUAACUCACAGGAGAUUGCACGAUAUACCAGAAAGACGUCAGACGAAUUCCAUAAUUUUUUGGGCCGGAUUUUUUUAAAUACAUUUUCUAAACAUUUGUAUGAUUUCCGCAUGGCUAUUCGUGAUAAGGAUGAUGAACGUAUAGUCGAAAAAGAAUCGACUAUACUGUGUUUGCUAAAUCGAAGGUGUUGUGGAAGCCCAAGUCCUUGCUUAGGAUUAGUUUCAGCGCAGGAUACUUUUUCAUUAACAUAAUUGAAACAUAAAAAAAAACUUGAAAGAGAAAAUCAAAUAAAUAGUAAGAAUACACGUAAAGUUAAAUAGUUUUUAGGGCAUCUCAUCUAUAUAUGACUCUUCCAAGUUUCAAAAGUUUGAAUCUUUUUAGUGGUUUCGGUUUAAUAGUGCUUUUGUAUGAACAUAUCAUAUCAGCUGUUUUUUUUUAAUGUUUAGUAAAUUAGCUUAACAUAAAAAAACGGUUUUAAAAGGUUUCUGUUAUUUACGCUGAUAAAUUCUGAAUGGUGUGAAUAGAGCAGAAAUAAUAGGUACGAGAGAACAUUAAAAGUAUUGUAUUAGAUCUUCAAGAUUUGUUAUAUUGAGUUUCAUGCCAUCACACUUACGAAGAAGUAAACGAGCAAGUCAUCAGAGAUAUUCAAUCAGUUCCAGAAGAAAUAGAAGUGAAAAAAGAGAUCGAGAACGUCGAUAUUCAGAUGAUUUACCCGAACAAAAAAAAGUUUCUUCGGAUAAAGGACGUUACGUUACCAGACUAGCAUCUUACGACAGACGAGGUGAUAGAAGAAAGUAUUCUUGUACUUUUAGUUCCUCCGCAGGUAGUAUGCAUAGAUCUAAACGUGAUUAUCGUCAUUACAAAUCAAGAGAUGUUUCAAAAAGUGUUAUGAGAGGGUCGUUUCAACGUGAUGUGUCAUCUUCUAGUCAAAGUUGUAGUUCAAGAAACCAUGUCAUUAAAAAAACGUUGCCAAAAGCUAAAAAAGAAAGAUCUUACCUCUCAAAAUGUUAUGACAAGGAAAAACGAUCGUCACCUUCAAAAGAUGCUGUAAAAAGACGUUACGCACCAAUUUAUGUCAAUGAAUUUUCCCAUGGCCGUGGUGUUUUUUCGGAUAAAUGGGCUACUGAAAAACGAUCACCUAAACGUCGUCAUUUAACGGAAGGUUUCAUUUCUUCUUAUUCUACAAAAUACAAUCGACAAGCAAAUCCUUUAAGUAAAAAAUACGAUACUUCACGUCGUGGAACCUUCUACCCGGAAACCGUUCAUCCUUCCUCUCCAAAAAAUCGUUUCGCUCAUAUCCAUUCAAAUAAUGCAAGUCCUCCUUCUGCACCUCUUAUUGCACCGAUUCCAUACCACUCCACUUCACAUUAUGCUAUGUCCAAACAUCCUGUAUCUCGUUCUCAUCGUUUUGUGUCUUCAAGACCUUUAAAUGUAAGGAAUUCCUUUCCUUCACAUAAAUCAGAAAGACAUCGACCUCCUUCUCCUACAGUUUGGAAUCAUGAUCAAUAUUUUCAAAUGCAGCAAACGGAUAAUGCACCAAAAAAACGACCUUAUAUUGAUCUUUAUGCGCAAAGUUUUGAUCAAUUGGAAAUAAAAGAAGCCAAAUAACUUAUUUUAAUUUGCUAAAGUGUUCCACCGUUUUUAAAACUUAAUAAAAAUACAAAACAAAAGUUUUCUAUUGAUAUGAAUAAAAAUAAUAACGA